CAUCCACCCUCCACAUCCCCCACAUCUUCCACAUCCCCCGCGACUUCCACAUCCUCCGCGACUUCCGCUUUUGCCGCCAGCGGCCUUUCUUCGUCCUCUCCAUCGUCCGCAGCACCCGUUUGCGGCUUGUGCCUCCAUCAACGAGCCUCAUCCCACAACCCUGUCCCGAGCACAUCGUCCUCAUCUUCGCUGACCAAACCCACAAUCCGCUGACCUCUUUACCGUCGCUCGAGAGCCUGAUCAAGAGACUCAGUUUUACACCACCGCCUCUCGCCGAACCUCUCAUCGCCUCAUCCCCCCUUCUGUUGCUUGCUUGUUCGCGUCGCUCGUCGUCUUUCGAUGCCCUCAGAAGGCCUCCUCCGUCGCAGAAACAGAAGCUCCGUCUCGGGCAUCCUCACGGUGCCGCUCUCACCUCGUGAGAGCAGCGCCGUGAGCCCCGUUGCUGCCCCUUCGGCCGCUGCUUCGCCAGCCGUUGUGGUUGAAGAGGCUCCUCUGACCCAGACCACCACCAUUUUUGACUAUCGACGUCUGUUCUUCUUUGGCGGUAUCUUUGUGGGUCUUGCUCUCACAACCCUGCUGGGAGCUCGCUACGGGCCCCCGAUCCAGUUCCCUCCGCCUUCAAACCUCACCAACAUCCCAGAAUACCUCUACACCGUACUGGGUGAUGUCGAUCUCUCGUCGCUUCUACCCAACUCCUCCAACCUGAUGACACCUUCCGAAGUCCUCGGCAACCUGACAGACUCGAUCGCCAACUUUUCGCUCUUUUCCAACAGCGACAACACCGAUCCCAACAGCGAGUUUUUGCCUGGGCUGAUCCUGGCAGAGCAGGGAAUGCAGGCCAAGCACCCCGUCGUCCUGAUACCCGGCAUCGUGUCAACCGGCCUUGAGGCCUGGAAUCCGCCCCUGGCCAGCAAGAAUGGGAACGACAUCUCCGGCGGCGAGCAGAAGCAAAAGCAGAGCUGUGGCCAAAAGUACUUCCGGAAGCGACUCUGGGGAACCCUUAACCAGUUCCAGGCUAUUCUUAUGGACAAGAACUGCUGGAUCAACCACAUGAAACUGGACGAGGAAACGGGCUUGGACCCACCGGGCUUCCGGCUGCGCGCCGCACAGGGCUUGGAUGCGGCCGACUAUCUGUUCCCAGGUUAUUGGGUAUUUGCGAGGCUUAUUUCAAACUUUGCCGCCAUCGGAUACGACAACAACCAAAUGAUGCUUGCGUCCUACGACUGGCGCUUGGGCUUUGCCAACAUGGAAAAGCGCGACCAAUACUUUUCGAGACUCAAGUCCUCGAUUGAAAUCAUGGUCAACUCCAACCCUGAUCGCGCCAAGGCCGUGCUGAUCUCACAUUCCAUGGGGUCCAGUCUGACGUUUUACUUCCUCCACUGGGUAUCCAGUCCCGAAGGCGGCAACGGCGGUGCCGACUGGAAUGAAAAGUACAUCCAUGGAUGGGUCAACAUUGCCGGCGCCAUGCUGGGCGCUCCCAAGGCCGUCUCGGCGUUGCUCUCGGGCGAAAUGCGAGACACUGUCCAGUUGAACCUCUAUGGUGCCUCCUUUGUAGAACGAGUCUUCCCUCGCCACGAGUUUGCGGCCCUAUUCCGCAGCUGGGGCGGUGUGGCCUCGAUCUUGCCAAAGGGCGGCGAGUACAUCUGGGGCCGUGCCGGAAUGCCGGCCCCAGACGAGCCCGAGGCAGAUCGUUGGUCGCCUUCCGAGCAAGUCACUUCCUUCUCGUCCAUGAUCACAGUAACAACCCCUCAGUACACCGAGGACAUGACCGCGACCGCCAGCGUCGACCGUGUCCUCUCGCGCAUCAGCGAUGCUGUGACGACUCGAUGGGCCAAGACUUACGGCAACUUCUCGUCGGUCGCCACAUCCAAGCAGCAGCUGCGUGAUGCCGUCAACGACCCGACGACCUGGUCGAACCCGCUUAUGGCACCGCUGCCGCGAACAAAGGCCGAUUUCCGUCUCUACUGCAUGUACGGCGUCGGUCUGAAGACUGAACGCAAGUACUUUUACAAGUUCGAGCAGCGGAGCCUGAAGGACGACGCCCUGGCUCAGUGCCUUGCACACACUCCCAAGGACUGCAACUCGAGCUAUGUUCUUGACUACACAGUGAACGACAGGGAGCUCUCGAUCGAAAACGGCUUCCAGCUCAGUGAUGGCGAUUCGACUGUCCCGUUGAUCUCUCUUGGGUACAUGUGUGCCGACGGAUGGAAGCGGAAACGGUACAAUCCCCGUAACAUCAAAGUCAUCACACGGGAACACCUCGAUCGCUCCGAGUUUGGAGUCACCAACCUCCGAGGUGGCCCCUCGACAAGCACGCAUGUCGAAAUCCUAGGCAACCACGCCCUCAUCGAAGAUAUCUUGUCGAUUGUCUCUGGCACCGACGGAGAUGGUCUGCAAGACGAGUACAUCUCGGACAUCCAGGCGAUCUCGAGCCGAGUCCAGCUGCCAGAGGGCCUCGACAACUGAUUUUUAUCCUCCAUAGAGCACCGAUAGACUUACAGAAUCAUUGAUUUUGUGCAUCAUGCGUCGAGACAACGCAUAUACAAGUGGUUGAAUACCUGUGUUUGCUUGUCUCUGCAAGCAAACAAGCUGGCUGUUUUUUUUUUUUUUUGAUUGUGUUCUAUCUUGCUUUCUGCCUUUGCAUGGCUCCGCUGUUAUUCCUCCCCUCGAUUUGCACUCUUGUUAGAUGCCUCUCCAGGCAGCUCUGGCUUUUUUCUCAACCGGGCUUUGUGUUCAGAGGAAUCCCUGCGCCCAUAUCUUUCAGGCAUUGCCUAGAUCUCAUCAGUAAAGUAACUCCUUCAAGGCACAGCGGAAGCAACAGCAGCUGUGAUA